AUGACACCAAACGUUUUAAGCGGUCAGGAAAUCCACGAAUUGCCAAUCUUGCUACCGUACUUGUGGCCGAUCUUCAGUAGCACUAUGCACGGGCCAAAGCUAGUGCGAUGGAUGAGCGCCACAAGCGCCCGAGUGCAACCUACGGUAGGGACGGUGUUCCGUUUGACGAGAACAUUCCGCGAGACCGAUGUUAAACAAUUUGUCGCUCUAACCGGUGACAGCAAUCCAAUCCACGUGUCAACGACGAACGACUGUGAGCGCAAAGAGCAGCUGUUCGUGAAUGGAGCCUUCCUGAACGGCGUCAUUGCGGGCAUCAUUGGUUCCAACUUUCCCGGUUUCGUGGUGACGACGCAGAACUUUCGCUUCCCGAACCGGUGCCAGCUAGACAAGGAGGUGCAGUUCAGCGUCACGGUGGAGGAAAUGCGGAAAAUCGUAACUGUUUCGUACGAAAGCAAACAAAGCGAUCGCGUUGUUUUCGAGGGCAUUGCGAAACUGUUUGCGGUGCGGCUCACGUGUAGUUUACCACGUUCAGUUACUCUUAGAUUACCGCCCGAAAUGGAUACACCGAGAAAACGUUGUACCCUGCUCCGACUGCUUACCAUCCUCGUCCUGAUACGAGCGGCCACGGGUGGAAAGUACUCCCGAUUUCGACUAGCUGACGUGCAGCGCAAUUCAGCCACCAAUGUGCCGUGCACUUGUGCCAUCUUCCUCACCGGCCAGUUUAACCGUUUCAAUCGUACGGAACAGCCGAAAGGAAAUCCUGGAAUACAGCUGGAGCUGAUGCAGCACUUCCCCUGCACCGCAGCGGGCAACAAGCAGUGUGCGAACAAAUGUUUAGACUCGAUCGUGAAGCAUCUGCACAACUCGCAGAACGUCAUCUGCGCCACCAUUGAUCGGGACUGCUUCCGGGAGCGAGCCUACCUGUUCUAUCAAAACUGUGCGCCCCGCUGGGUGAACAGUAACCUCUCGGCGGGCAAGGAGUUCUGCUGCCAGAAUGACAAACCGAUGCGAUGCAACCUGAUGGCGGAGCUGAUACGGCAAUCGCUGCUAGAAAACGAGGCCACCAACAACGGCACCACCAGCAGCGGUAGUUCCGACGAGCAAAGCACAGCCAACCGGUGAUAUAUCUUAAAUAAAUA